AUGUCCGCCCUCCGUCCUUCUAGGCGCACCACAGCCGAGUCGGAUAUCGAGUCAACUCCCGAACGACCUCGGCGAGGAAAGGUCGUCAACUAUGCAGAAGAUAGCGACGACGAGCAGCAGUCCCCACGACCAUCACGCAUCCUCCCAACCAACCGACUGAAGAAGGAUCUUCGCCGGCGAUAUGAUGCCAACGCCAGCCGAUCGGGACUUCUCAGGCUCCCUCCUGAGAUCCGAGACAGAAUCGUCAAGCUUGUGCUGGGAGGUCGCACCAUUCACAUCUUCUCCGACAAGCGUAAGGCCCAGAAGUCACAAGCCCUAUCCUACGAUGACGACUCAUAUGAGCCGGAGUUGCCUCGAGAAGAGCACAAGACGAAGAGCUUUCACACCCCACCUCAGAAAAAGCAAGCUGCUCGUGAAGACUUACGAGUGGCCCCUGGUGAGGAUUCUUGGGCCUCGCCUUACGAUCUCUCCUCCGGGCCGGUAUUCGAUGCUGAACAUGGUCGCGGACAAUACAUCACGAAAAGUAUGACGAAGAGAACCAAAGGAGAGAAGUCUUAUGAGUUGCAUCUCUGCCGCUCUGCUUGUGUUGCAGACACGACCGACGAGGACUACAUGCAAAAGAUCCAAGCUGAAGGCGAGGAACUGCGUCGCCGAGACCACACUCGCUGGAUCGAACGACAUCACCGAUGCCGCCAUGCCCUUCACGACGGAACUCACCUCCACAUUCGCGCGUACACCCGACCCCUCGACCUCGCCCUGCUCAGCGUCUGCCGCCAACUCCACGCCGAAGCAGCCCUCCUCCCUUACCAAGAAAACACCUUCACCUCCACCCGCUUCUCCGACCUCCAGCGCUUUAUCACCACCCUCGUCCCAAGCCAGCUCCACGCCAUCCAGCAUAUCAACAUUUGCUACGCAUACCACCAAUCCGACAACUCCCAACCCAGCAUAGAAAACAAAUUGAGGACCGCUUUCCGCAGCCUCAAGUCCCUCACCAUCCUGCUGCACUCCAGCGGCGACUGGGCCUUCGAGUGGGAGCGCGUUCAGAUCUUGGCCGAUCUAAUGCAGUUCAAGAAAUUGAAUAUCGAGGCUGUCAAUGUCUAUCCGUACAUGACGGAUGACAACCUGCUCAAGUUCGACUUCUUCACGCUGACGCAGUUUGAGGGUUGGGCGAAGGAGAUUGAGGAGGAGCUGAAGAAGGACUGGGACACGAAGGAUAAGAAGGUGCUCCAGGAGAUGAGGGUCGUGGCGAGGAAGAAGUUUGGCUUCUUCGAUCAGUGGACUUGA